UAAAUUUGUUUUUGUUAAUUUGGUUGCUGGUUUAUUUAUAAUAUGCAAAAAUGCCGAGAUUUAAUGUAUGAACUGUUACCCACCGACAUGUGCCCAAUCGCAUUUAUAUAUAAGACUUUCCUCGGGUAAUAAAAUGGAGCCACGAGAGCGAACCAAGUCUGAUAAUACAUAAAUUCGGGCACAGCCGGUAAUAACACUAAAAGCAAGCUGACAAUUUGAAUGAGCUGCCCGACGGGAAUAUUGCCGGGAAACGAUAAUAGAACCGCUGAUGCGACUCCGCGCUGGAAGACAGCGAUUUAUUUGCCGCAAGCUCCACUCGAGCGCAUGAACACGGAAGUUUGCUCGUCCCGGAGGGCAGCAAACGAUUCCCGACCAGGCAUACGUUUUAAUUAAGCUUGUACUCGCUUUUUGUUUUCGCAGUUCACCGGAAGAAGGCGAGCGGCCAUAGAAACGGGCUUUCCACUAGUGAUGAUCUACUAACGUAACCACCAUGAGUAUUUUUCCGAGGUGGGCAGCCAUGCUGCUGCUCCUGGGCCUAGCCCACCAGCUGGACCCCUCGCUCGCCGCGUCCACAUCCUCGUUCGCAUCCGGAAACGCCUGGCAGCGUGCCCUCUUUGGCCGGGACUCGCGCAACCUGAUGCACCGCAGAUCCCCGUUUUCCGGCGCCGCUGAUCUACGCCUCGACGAAUACCUGGGCCUUUAUGGAGCUGCCGAGCAGGAACAACAUCAGCCGCUUCCUCCGCCGCAGCAGAUGCGCCCACAGACCGAAGUUUACGGUAUUGUAGAGCCGCUGAUUGAGGACACGCCCUGUGCCGACCGCCCCUGCCUCCUCAACGACGAUUGCUGUCCUUCCGGAGUGUGCGUCAGCACAUACGGUGAAGGCAAAUGCGUAUAUGUGUUUGGCCGUCAGCGGGAUCUGUGCCAGGGACAUGCGGACUGUCCGCAGGGCAGCUCCUGCAUGCUGGUCCCCCAGGAGGGAGUGUGGCGGUGUGAGCCCAGUGUGGAGUCCGGAGAGUCCACAUCGCUGCUGGAGGGCAUAUUCGGACCGAAGGAGAGGCGACCGCUGGGCAGCGAGUGCAGCAGCAGCAGCGACUGCCAGGUGAUCAACGGAAUGUGCUGUCAACAGCAGCGUUUGCACCACAGGGCAGCCAUCAAGCUGAGCUGUGGCUACUUUCGCGAUGCCUUUGACUGUGUUGAUAUGGUCGGAGCAGAGCAUCGCCGCAACUGAAGAUCACAGUUCUCAGGUAGCAAAGCUCAGGAAACCCAAGAGAAGAAGUCUAACAGAAAAUGAAUCGGAUAACUGAUUGAGUAAGAAUUACUUCAAUAUUAAAACAUAUCGAAAUGUUAAACGAAAACAUAUCAAGGUCAAAUUUCUAUAGCUUAAUUUGUAUUUCUUUAAUAUAUAUAUAAAUAUUUGCUAUUACUCCAACGAUCUUAGACAUCUAGAUGUGUUUUUAGUAGACUCCAAAAAUACUGACUGAGGCAUUCAAUGUUAAUAGCAGAAAGAAGAGUAUUCCAAUGCAGUUAUACCAUACUUAAGCAACAAUUAAAUCGU